UUGAGCUGGACCGACAUUGCAGAAGACUACCGACUGACUGGUCUACAAAUAACCUUGCUUCAUUAAAAACUACUCAUUAUUAUUUGUAGAUCAGUCAAUCGUUCACCAUUUACCCACAAUGCAUCAUGGACAUGAUGCUCUCAAACACGGCCAUGGACUUUAAAGGCUAAUAAGACAUGGUUGAAAGUGCAAACAAUUUCUUUUCAUCGGAUGAGAUGAGUGUGCGCGGGGGGCAGGGUAGUGACGAGGUGCUGGUGUCCCAGGCGGUGUGGGACUACCUGGCUGCCGCCGGCCAGCCCUGGCUCAUAGACUUUCAGGACAAGCAGGGCUUGAGCGCCGGCAUCAUCCGCCGAGGUGAGCGGGGAGGCUGCUGUGCAGUGCGGCUACGCCCCAUAGAGGGAUCCCGUUCUGGGGGAGGACCCGGGAUGAUGGAGGAAGGACCCAUCUCCAACGAGACCCGCAAGGCCUUCAUAGACUUAUGCCGCUGCGCCCGCAAAGAGAUGAGCAAACAGGAUGGGGGUCCUAAACGGAAGAGGUCCCUGCUGCCCUGCGUUGGGGUGGGGGUCCUGGAGGGGGAUGGAGAGGGGAGCCUGCUACCACCUCAGCCUCCCCAGCCCAGACGCUCUCAGAGGCAGCAACAGAGAUAUAAGAAGCCAGCGGAGGAAGAGGCCUGUGUGGUCCUCUCCAACUCCACGUCCCACAACGAAUCCGGACAGAGGAAGAAGGACAACAUGGAGGUCAGCUGCAGUAUGAUGGCCUCCUCUCAUAACCAAUCCCACAGUGAGGCAGACGACUACACCUCAUGUUCCAUCUGCAUGGGCGACAUGGUGGAGAGGACCACGCUGGAGAGGUGCGGCCACGCAUUCUGCCGGUUGUGUCUAGACCAGGCCUUCAAGGUGAAGAGAGCGUGUCCUGUGUGUCGUCAGGUGUACGGCCAGCUCAUAGGGAACCAGCCGGCUACCGGGUGUAUGAUGGUGGAGAGGGACCCAGAUCUGGAGUUGCCAGGACACGAGGGUUAUGGGUGUAUCUGCAUCAUCUACAGCUUCCCACCUGGUUUACAGGCGCCAGAGCACCCUAACCCGGGGGUGAGGUACCCUGGGACGGACCGCGUGGCUUACCUCCCAGACAGCCCAGAGGGGAACCGGGUCCUGGGCCUGCUCCGCCGGGCCUUCGAACAGCGCCUCAUCUUCACCAUAGGGACUUCCAUGACCACAGGAAUGCAUAAUGUCAUCACCUGGAACGACAUCCACCACAAGACCUCCUUAUGGGGCGGACCACACUGCUUUGGAUACCCAGACCCCACUUACCUGGUGAGAGUGACCGAGGAACUCAGAGAGAAAGGCAUCGCUGCAGACUGACCGUACAGAUUCUAGAAUGAUUAUUCUAGGAACAUUUUAGGAACCUCUGGCUGCCCUGCUGCUGCAGGUGGUUGCUAGGCUGCAGUCUCCUGGACCUAGACCCAGCAGAGCAGCGGAGGAAUACGAGAUGUGACUGGGCCCCACAGCAGCCACAGGAGUACGGCCCAGUGGAGGCCCACAUAUCCCUACAAGACCACUUGAUGGGGUGACUCCUACCUUCCACUUCAGUCGAAUUUUCACUAAUCAUGCAUUGAUGUCAAUUGGAGACCAUUUUACUUAAGUGGAAGUGAACAUUUAUCUAAAGUGGAAUUUAGGAUUCACCCUUAUGUUCCUAUCCUCGUUAUCUAUCUUCCGAGUUCGGCUCAACCCAGCAGCACUUUGUGUUGAAGAAAACAUACAAAUGAGUGCAGUGCAAUCUCUGUGUGAGCUGUUUUUGGCUCCACUCAUCCAAGUAUUUAUCAUAUAGGGAUUCAUAAUGUGAAGGUACAUACUACUUAAAUAUUAUUUUGAAACCUAAGUUCAAAGAAGAGUCCUAUUUUGUCUGUUAUAUUUAUGUUUAUUUCCACGCACAUUCUUUAUUUACCUGUUAAAAACACAUGAUUUGUGCUCUGUCCAGUACGCUCUUAGAAUAAUUAUAUUUUUCUUGAUGUAAUUAUGUUAAUAAUAACCUGUUAUUUACACUGUAGUAAGACAGUACUCGAGAUAGUUGGUGGCAGGCAGAAUAGUACUGUCUGUUUCAAUAGAAAGCUCCUAAAGAAAUAAUGACAUUUCUCUGAAAGGAGUUGCACUCGAAGGCACUUUGUCAAGGAGGGAGGGAGUCCGUCAGUAGUUCAGUCACUGUUGGAGGGGGAGUUGUUCUCUGCAUAGAAUAAGAAUUAUCCGUUUGAAUUAGAAUGAUCAUUCUAAUUCUGUGGUUCUCUGCUUCCACUUCAGGGAACUGGUAGAUGGAAGAAUGCUCUGAGCAAAGCCAGGCAGGCGUUAGUCGUUAGCAGCCGUGAAGCUAAUAGCCUGGUAGCUAUAAGUUGAUGUCAAUUUUCUUGUAGCCCUUCAUUUCCCUUUUGAUCUUCCUCUCCUUUGAUUUCUUCUCCUUUUUACUUAAAUAGGAAGAAUGUUUUCUAUUUGAUGUCUCUCUCUGCUGCACCGUUCUGUUCUAGCGGAUGAACCAGGAAUGUCCAGAUAGACUGACUACUAAGUAUGAGAUUCAUUGUCAUUCCUGACUGUCCCUUGCUCUCUCUCUCUCCUCUCUCCCCUCGGUUGUUUCUCUACUCUAAGAUGUUAUCCCUCCCAGGACCAGGCCCUGUAUUCACAAAGUGUCUCCGAGUAGUAGGGCUGAUGUAGGAUCAGUGUGGCCUUUUCAAUCAUAAUGAAUGAAUAGGGACCCUGAUCCUAGAUCAGCACUCCUACUCUGACAAGCUUAAUGAAUAGGAGACCAGGUUCUGAGUUCAGUUUGAUUUCCAGCCAGCCAGCCAGUCAGUCAGCACCCCUCAUUUUGUAAUAACCAGAUUUACUUGAUGAUGUCAAAUAAGGAGGGCGUGAUGUCGAACCACUUAAACCAAAUCAAAUGCACAAUAGGGCUGUAUAUUUAAUACCUCUGACCCUGGCUGAAAUGGCACCCUAUUCCCUAUACAGAGUAAAAGUGCCCAUAGGCUUCUGGUCAAAUGUAGGGCACUAUAUCGGACUCUGGUCCAAAGUAGUGUAGGGAAUAGUGUGCCAUUUUGGAUGCAAGCCCUAUCUGUCCAGGAGACGUUUGUUUGACGAUUGUCUCAUAAAUAAUGAGGUAUCUAUCUGCUGUAAUUCACAUUUGUCUUCUACAGGAAUAAUCUAGGAUUAACAAAAUAUGUACCUGUGAUAUGAAAGUGUUGAGGAAAAUCCUGCAGUCCCUUACAGCGGCAUUGCCAGUGAGGUAUUUAGUUCCCUUGUUUUGAUACAUUUAUCAAACGGUUAGCGUGCCUAUAUUCUAGUCAAGUUUGAAGACAGUGGAUCAUGUUGAUAUUAAUUCAUGACAAGCAUGUUCUUUUAGUAGACUGUCUUAAUUGUUAUUUGGAGGGUGAGACUCAGCAGCGUUAUCUGGCUUUCUACUGUUUUUGAGAAGAAAAAAAAAAUAUAUAUAUAUACACACACACACACAUCAGUACAGUGCCUUGCGAAAGUAUUCGGCCCCCUUUGCGACCUUUUGCCACAUUUCAGGCUUCAAACAU